AUGGACCGCGGUAACCAGAGAUUCGACGUGUGGAAAGACUACUUCGGUCUGACCGAACUGCUGCAGGAAACGAGGACUCGUGGCGCUGCUGGAAGCGAGCCGGGUCCCGAACCGAGUCCCGGUGCUGCAGCCGGCAUGGCGGCGACACAGCCCGACCGCGGCACGAAGCAGCAGAGCGCUUCAGAAGUCAAGUCGCCGGCGCUAAACCAACCCGACCCGACGGACGGAGGAAGCAAGUUCUGCGUGUUUUGCAAAAAGAACGGGGAGUCCAGAAAGGUCUUCAACAGCCACAGCUUUAAGGACGGUGACAAAGUGCUGUGCCCCUAUCUCAGACGCUACAAGUGCCCGCGUUGCGGUGCCACCGGAGAUGAAGCGCACACGAAGCGCUACUGCCCGCAGCGUAACACAGACUACCACGGCCCGCUAAAGAGAAGCGAGACGGGCAAGGCGCCAGGGGGCGCCCCCCUUCAGUGAUACCCCACGAAUAUAUCUGAGAUGCACACGGCCCAGAACCGCCCCAGACCGGCAGAAUCCGAUUCAAGUCUGGGGAAGCAAAAACACAACUGUGACGGCGGGUAACCGUUCUUCCUCAAAAAAACAAACCAAA